UCUCGAGCUCCUCAAACCCACUAGUCCCAUCGUCUUUCGUCUCGCUCAGUCAACCACAAAGGAUCCCACAAAGCAAACCAAACAGCUUCGUAGACAGGAAUCAAAACAAAAUAAGAAAUACCAUGAGCAACACGGAAGGCGGCGGCAAUACACCUUGGGGGUGGUUGGGAUUGUUGAAAUGGAGCUUGGCCUAUCAAGACGGAACUACUCCGUCCUCUCACUCUCCCAUGUCGGAAGAAGACAAGGCCUUUUUGGAAAAAGUCAUGAAAGAGGGCAUUAUUGACGAAAAUGAACGCAUGAAGGAAAUUCUGCAACAAGUCACGACCGGGCUGGAAGACAUUCGACAACAGAAAGAAGAAGCACAAGUGGAUGAUGACAUUGACAUGCAAGACUUGCUGCAAGAAUUACGAGAUAUUGUGGAACAAAUUGACUAUGCACGAGCCUUUGCGGCCAUGAAGGGAUUGGAUUUUCUCUUGGGAGCCGUGGCACAGCCGGAAGUACCACGAUCCAUUCAAACCAGUUGUCUGGGUGUCUUGGCCACCAUGGCGUCCAACAAUCCACCGAUUCAAAAAGAGUUAUUGGAAAUGGGAGCCAUCAAGACGCUCUCGCAAGUCUUUCAAUCCACUCCUGCCGAUCAAUUUGCCUUUCGGGCCAAAAUCAUUCAAGCGCUCAGUGGUGCCGUGCGGAGCGACGAAUUGUCCGAACAAGUCUUUUGUGGUGUCGAUCAAGCCAAGGAAAUUAUUUACGAGGGACUCCAACAAUCCACAGCAGCUGGAAAUAGUAGUGCAGUCUUGCAGAAACGAACACUCUUCUUUCUCAGAGCAUUGAUUACCUCGGACGAUUCCACACGGGAGCGAGUGCGGCUCUUUGGCCAUUCCGUGGCAUACGUCGCGGAUCAGUUGGUCACAGCUACCUCAGAGGACACUACGGCAGAAAUUCGAGAAAUGGGACUGGAACUGCUGCUCCAAAUCCUCGAACAGAAAAAGAGUGUCAAUAUCGUGCUGGACCGCAAAGACAAUCUCGUAGCACACGGAGUCAAACGAGUACAGACAUUACGGGCAUUGGAAGGAGACGAACGCGACUAUGCCGCAGUGGAAUUGGAAACGUGGGAAGCACUGCUGGUGCAAUUGGCUCGAGCCACUCCCGAUCCACCAGAGGAAUCUCCGCUGACGAUUGAAGGUGCCACGCCAGAGGUGGAACCACAGUAAUAAAGUAAUACAUCGUAUAGAAGAGGGUAAAUUUUUACUUGACUUAG